AUGCCCGCAAACAGUGCUAAUCCUUCAGCAGCUAAAACCGAUCUUCAAGGCCUUGAACUAGCAGAACAUCACUUUGGUCCCUUACUUCACCCAACCCGCGCCACGCAAAGCGCAUGGACCAACUAUUCCACCAAUCGCCUCCAAACCAUGAAAAAAUACCGCACAGUUGUGACGGAACCAGGCAAGAAUUCUGAGGAUGGCUCUGAGGAAGACUCUGAGGAGCACGAGUACUCAGGGUACUCCGAGUACUCCGAUGAGGCUUGGCUUUUAGACUCCGUCCAAGCUUGCGUUUUCCAGAUUGAGAAGGAGAUGGACUUGGAAGAAGGCACCCUCCAGAAAUGUAUCGCCAUUUUAGGCCACGACACGGUAAUUGACGAUGUGAAACCGCGCUCUACAGAUCACAUCAUCAGGAUCUAUUCAUCCACUGCGCCAAUGUACAUUGAUGUGCAUUUCCAAUAUCAUUGCCGCCCGCGCUGGUCGAAGGUCGAGUGGUGCUACUCGCUCGGGUACAAGAUCCAACGCCGGCCACCUGCGACGGCCGCCAAUCAACACCUCGUCAACAAGGAGCUCAGUAGGGAUGCUGCUGUUCCAGAGGUACACAUGCGCAAUGGGUGGCAGACCUUAUGCUGGGGUUACUAUGAUGGCUGCAAUGGAAACUAUGGCAAGAAUUGGCGCUACGUUGAGGUUGGAAAAGUAGAGUUGCGCAAGGAAGGAGUGCUGGACAUUCACGAAGCCUUGUUCGGAGACUUGGAAAAACCUGCCGAGACCGACUCAGAGGCCAUGCUCGCAUACCAUCGAUCACUCGUAAGGAGCAUACGCCUACUCCUAGCCGCCGUUGGUAUUUCAUACGAAGUUGCAUGUACUGACGAUGAAAGUGACGACGGGCCGCGUGAUCUGAUGCUUGAGGGGUUGAGUGAUAGAUGGGUCGGGCGGGGAAUACGCAAUGCAUGUGGUCUCCGACUCACCAGAGACGCCGAAGAAGAGCGGAAAGGUGCCCAGAAACGACAAGAGGAGGCAAAGGGUGACCCCGAGGAUGAUGAAGACUCCGAUGACGAUGAAGACGGCAGCUCUGGGGAUGAUGACUUCGGCCUCUGA